CCAUUCAAGCUCUCGCCCCCCCUUCCCCUUUUCUUUUUUUUACCUGCUGUGUUACUUUAUAUUGCGCUUUUGGAUACUCAUGAUUGGUCAACUACAGCUCCUGCUGUUGUAAUGUCUGCAGCCUUACCGGUAGUUUAUGGGGGUUUGUCGAGGCCCCGAUCCUAUUUUAUCAUCGAGAUAGUGUUCUGCUUCUUCUCUUUCAUCAACGCCUUCAUGUGAACCAAAUGAUACACACUGGCUCAAUUUCUAAGGCAUCUUCAUGAUGGCUAACUCUAUAAAAUUGCAACAAGCCAACAGUCGGACCGGCCUCAUUGUUAUGGCCUCUAUUUUCUCCUUGAUUACGACAAUGGCAGUUAUGUUCAGGUUCUAUGCUAGGCGUAUAGUUGGGGUUGGAUUUGGCAUAGAUGACUGGCUAGCUCUAGGGGCACUCGUUUUCGUGCUUGCACUGAAUGGAAUUUUUCUCGGUGGCACUAUUCAGGGAGCGAUCACUGGCCAUUCUCCGGUUGUGGAUGAUUGGCCCGUAACGACGGAACUUGAACAUCUAGCUCAGAAGUACAAGUAUGCUUUUCAGACAACCGAGAAGAUAGCGUUCGGGUUGAUCAAGCUCUCGCUUCUAUUCCUCUGGAAGCGUAUUUUCAGCCGAGCUAGGCUGUUCGUAAUAUUCUGCUGGGUAAUGAUAGGUGUCAUAAGUGCUUGGUGCAUCGCUUUUUUCUUUUCGACUCUGUUCCAAUGCGGGACACAGUGGGAUUGGAAUUGGGCCCCUAUUGGCUUCUUCCUAACGGAAUGCGCGGAUACCCUUGAUAUGCUCACUGCUUUCACGGCAACAGACUUAUUUACCGAUUUUAUAAUCAUGUUUAUGCCGGUCCCCCUAAUCUGGAAGCUUCGUAUGCCGAUGAGAAAGAAGCUUGGUGUAACAAGUAUCUUCAUGGUUGGUUUGUUCACAAUUGGCGCGGGUAUAGCACGCAUGUUUUCCUAUCUCGUGACGUCUUAUCAGAAAGAGGUCAAUCCCGACUUCAUCGCAGAUUUCACGCUUUUCAUUCUAUGGUCGGAGAUUGAAGCCAAUGUUGCCAUGAUUGUGUGUUGUAUGCCAACAUUAGGUCCAACACUAGGAAAAGGACGCGAUCGACUCGUAUCUCUCCUGCACUCAACGCUUUCCCACAAAUGGACCCUGCUCUCUUCUGAUCGGGCAGGCAAUAAGACAUCCAACAACGGGAUUGAGCUAUAUAGUCCCGCGAAGGAGAAUUCGCUAUCACCAAGGGCACUUCCGGGAAACGGAGCGCCUUGGCAGGGCGAGUUUGGGUCAGUUACAGCCGCUGGUUCCAUUACUAAUAAGCGGCGAUUCGAUCACAUCCCGGGUAUCGUGACUCAGACGGAGAUUGUUAGAACUACUGAGCCGAGGUUGCUAGAGACUUGGAAAAGUGGGCAGCAAGAAAUUGUAUAACAACGAAAUAAGGGUGAAAAGGUGGUGUGGAGAUCACGACCUGUGGCAUGAUGGAAAAAAUGUGCACCCAACCCCCCACCCCUUAUUUUCAGCUAUAUAAAGAAAGGACGUUGGAAGUUGGAGUAAAUUUUAUACGCAGAAAAUAUGCAGGGCAAUAUAAUGCGAUAUGUAGUAUUUGUUAGGUAUACAUUCACUUAACUCGUAGCAUGCCUACAUAUAUAGUUACUUACACCUGGUUGCAUUGAAGUUGCACCAAUAUCGGAC